GUUAGGUUAGGUUAGGUUAGGUUAGGUUAGGAGGUCGAUCCCAGAAGGGAUCCCACUUGGACAGCUUAAGACGCCAGUCCGUUGUGAUACCUACGACUCCUAUAGUCCGGAUCAAAAGACCCUUACAAGUCGACAAGACGUCUUGUGCUGACUACAAACUUGUUAAGACGGCCAAUAUCCAUUACGGGUAGGUAUUCAGGACCGCCAAACGUGUGAUUCCCGAGAUAUUUCAAUCGCAGCCUAGCGAAUGCCGGACAUUGGAGGAGAAAGUGCUGGGAUGAUUCCACCUCGCCCUCCUCCAUACAACUUUGGCAACUGGCAUCGGGUAGUACACCAAGCCGUACCGCAUGAGUGCCCAUUGGACAGUGUCCAGUGAGAACUCCUACAAUAGCGGCUAGAUGCACUUUGCUCAGGGCGAGAAGUUCCCCGACCUCCUGCGAUCCACUCUUGGCCAGAAGGAUCUCGCGGUCGCACAGGACCUAGUCGUCGACCAACGUCUGCUGAGUGCACGCGAGGUCCAUUGAUCCAAAGUUAGAGCGCAAGACGCUAACGGAGAUCCUACCCGAUCCCAUUCCGAUGUGAGCGGGGCAAAGGUGCCCCCCCUGGCUAGCUCAUCGGCUUUGCAGUUUCCAGCGAUUCCGCUGUGACCAGUAUAUGUACAUAAUGUUCGAUAAUUUUAAAGACUAUGUUACUUUUGAGUCCGCACUUUUACGUCUGUGAUCUUUUUUAUUAACUCGUACACGCCUGUAUCAUAAAUAUUUAUAUAUGUAUACUUUCUUAUAUUACUUUCCAAUGAGCACGAAGAACGUUUUUUUGCUGAUGAUCGUCAAAUUAAGAACUGAAGUGCUUAAAUUUAGCAACAGCUCCAACAGGAAUUGCAAUCAGUUUGCAUUCAUUUGCAGCAGCAACUGGACACAGACGGAUUAGCAGCCAUAAUGUUCGUUGUGCGAAGACGCGAGUGUGUAGCAGUAUUUAAGUUGAACGUUGUGUCAAAACACAUUACGGCUGUAAAACGUCUACUGAGCAAACAACCGACAUGUCAGACAGCACUUAAUAAUGAGAGUAAAGAGUCACUCUCCGAAUGGCAGCAGGCGCGACCUUUCAAGGAAAUUCACCGUGUAAACCCGUACACACUUUUCUUUCAAUUUCUGCCCGGCGGACGAUAUCAUAAACUGGAUGCCACACAAAUCUUUGAGACGAUGUUUGCCGAACAUGCGGAUAUUUAUAUCAUGCCCGGCAUGUUGGGACGACCCGAUAUAGUUAUGACGCAGAACCCCAGUGAUUUUGAACAAAUCUUUCGCAACGAAGGCGUCUGGCCGAACAGGCCAAGCUCAUCAACUUUAGACUACCAUCGCAGCGAGUUGCGCGCAGAUUUCUAUCAGGGUGUUGAGGGGAUUAUAUCAACUCAAGGCGAGAAAUGGGCCACAUUUCGUUCAGCUGUCAAUCCGAUACUUAUGCAGCCCAAAAAUAUCAAUAUUUAUUUCGAUAAGAUGGCGCAAGUUAAUCAGGAAUUCAUGGAGAGAAUUCGAACCAUACGUGAUCCUCAGACACUAGAAAUGCCCGACGAUUUCGAUAAAUGGCUACAACGUUUUACUCUAGAAUCAGUUUCCAUAGUCGCAUUGGACCGCCAGCUAGGUUUGUUGCGUGAGAAUAGCGCGGUGCCGCCCGAAGUGUGGACACUUUUUCAGAGUAUGUCUGAUUUUUUCACAAUUCCCUUCGAUUUGGAUUUCAAGCCGUCACCCUGGCGUUACAUCGCCACUCCAAAGUUUAAGCAACUCAUGCGUUCACUGGAUAAUAUACAAAAUAUAACACUGAAAUACAUCAAUGCUGCCAUGGAGCGUCUAGCGUUGGAACAACGUCAAGACAUCGCACGUCCGGAGCAGGAGAAGAGUGUGUUGGAGAAAUUACUGCUUAUCGAUAAGAAAAUUGCGACAGUUAUGGCAAUGGAUAUGCUCAUGGCGGGUGUCGAUACGAGUACCACAGUCUUCAUUGGUGUUCUACUCUGCUUGGCUAAGAAUCCCGAGAAACAACAGUUACUACGUAAGGAAGUGAUGCGCGUGUUGCCGCAGCGGGAUGGCAAGUUUGCCGCCGACGCUCUAAGUCGCAUACCUUAUCUGCGUGGUUGUAUCAAGGAAGCGCUGCGUAUUUAUCCAUUAGGUACCGGCAAUAUACGUGUUACACCAAAAGAUCUCGUAUUAAGUGGUUAUCAAGUGCCUAAGAAUACUUGGGUCAGUGUGGUAGCGGCGAGUUUACUUAUGGAUGACCGUUAUUAUCCACGUUCGCAAGAGUACUUACCGGAACGUUGGUUACGUUCGACAGAAAAUGAUGAGGGUGCUGAACCUCUUAAACCGAUUAACCCCUUCAUCUACAUGCCUUUCGGUUUCGGUCCCAGAAUGUGUGCUGGCCGAAGAAUUAGUGAUUUGGAACUGGAAUUGGGUAUCGCACGGUUCGUUAGAAACUUCCAUAUAGAAUUUAAUUAUUCAACCGAGGAUGUUUUCCGAACUGCGAUCAUUAAUUUGCCCAACAAGCCUAUUAAAUUUAAAUUCACCGACAUUGAAUAGUUUUAAUGUAACCAAAAAAUUAAAUAAACCAAUGUAAUCCUUAAACAUAAA